GAAGUAGGGAGGGUGGCAGAACGACCGGCGUUUCGGUGCGCGUAUCGGUAGUCGCGAGACGAGUCAGUCAGUGACGGGUUGUGGUCGUCUAGUGUGGCAUAGUGAACAGUUUUCGGUCGCUCUCUCCUUUCUCUUGUGUUCAAAAAUGAGCUGGCAGGAUUACGUUGAUAAGCAGCUGCUCGCAUCUAGGUGUGUUACCAAAGCGGCGAUCGCCGGACAUGAUGGCAACGUGUGGGCAAAAUCCGAGGGCUUCGAAGUAAGUAAAGAAGAGCUCGCGAAAUUAGUGCAGAGCUUCGAGGAGCAGGACAUCCUGACGUCGUCGGGCGUUACCUUAGCCGGCAACAGGUACAUCUACCUGUCGGGCACGGAUCGUGUGAUAAGGGCAAAAUUCGGCAAAGUUGGUGUCCACUGCAUGAAGACGACGCAGGCCGUAGUUGUCUCCUUAUAUGAAGACCCCAUACAGCCACAACAAGCCGCAUCUGUCGUUGAAAAACUGGGCGAGUACCUCGUGUCCUGCGGCUAUUAGUAACCUCUGGGACCCAACACAAAUAUCUAAUAUUAAUAAUAAACGAUACGGUCGAUUAUUUUAAUGAACAGCGAAUGGAAUGCGCCAUGCCGCACGAGUCGCGCCGGAACUGCCGCAAGCCCUGCCGCGCGACCCACGAUGAAGAUGAUGAAGAUGAUGAAGAAGAAGCAGCAGCAGCAACAACACAACACACAGCAACAACAGCAACAGCAAAAGAAACAUCAAUUGUCAUUGCUACUCCAGUCAUCAUUCUCUCCCCUUCGACUUGUUUCUGAUGCGAUGUUGAGGGAACAGCAAGAAAGACAUGCGCGGAUCCGCGCCGAGUACACGCCACGCACAUACGUAAACAACGACGCACCCUUUCCUUCCCUUCUUUUCCCCUCGGCCCUCCUCGCACACGCAAACAACCGCGUUCUUGUCCCCUGACUCUCCUCAUCCUCCUCAUCAUCUUUCUUCUCUCCCUCCCCUUCCCUGACACGUACACGUACUUAAGCGUCUACGCGUGAAUCCUCUCGUAGGCGCGUGUACUCGUGUCAUGGCGUGACGCGCGUCGCACGAGCGUCGGAGAAGAACGGGAAGCGCCGAUGGAGAUGUACCGAUACUGAUGUCGCCGCCACUCGAUCUGCCCUCUGUCUUCCCAACCCCCGUGUCGCGCGACAACGCGAAUCUCGAUCAGCUGUGACGCGCAUCCAAGAUCGCAUCCGAGUGUCGUGGGGGGAGGGGGGACCGUCGCGACGCCAUAGGCGGACGGCGGAAAUCGACGCGACGCGACGCGACGAUCGACCGCCGAGUCUGUCGUUGUUGCAGAUGUGACGCGUGUCACGUGAUGACAUCGGCGCGAUCGUUAAUAUCCGACGUCACGUGACGGAAGAUCGUAGAGAGCGGCGCGCAUGGGUUUUGUAUCGGCGGAUAUUGUGGAUCGAAAUAAAAAAAAAGAAAAAAAAAGGAUAGCGUAAAAAAUAGACAUAUGUCACGUGACGUGAUCUGCGGAUCUGAUGCGGACUGUUUUCGUUGAAAAAGAGCGCGAAAGUGAUUGUGAUAGGUCGUGAUCCGUUGCGCGAUGAACGGAUGCAAUGCGAUAAUCUCUGUCAUUUUUAAUCAUGUGCGUUUGGCUUCUUUUUUUUGGAGAAAGUACCGAUCGCUUCCGCGAGAAUCGGUUCUCUGAUUUGACCUAGGAGAUUAAACGCCGUUCGUAUCGCGGUCGAGUGCGUCACAUGAUGCGUGUCACAAGUCACGUGCGCGGAAGCGAGCAGUCUCGUUCUCUCUUGUAUCACGAAUCUUAAACACGUAUCGUAUAUCUGCUUCGUUCAGGCAUCAGUUUCACGCGCGCGCGCGCGCGCGGAAAAACACCUCAUCGAUGAUCGAUCGACGAAUAUAUCACAGAAAGGGAGGAAGGAAGAAGAAGAGAAAUAAAAGGGAAAAAAUACGAGCGAGCGAGACAGAGAGAAAGAAGGAGAGAGAACGCGCGACACGUCUAACUUUUGUGACUGCUUGCGCGGCGAUUCGCUGACGGAGGAACGAUAGAUACACACGCAUGAAUUAACUAUAAGAAAUAAUGAUAAUAAAUAAUAAUAAACUAUUGUGUGUUAUAGGCUUACAAUCUUUUUCGUAGGGCACGAAAGGGUGAGUGCGCGCAUGAAUGAGAGAGAAAGAGAGAGAGAAAAAGUGUAAAAGAUGUAGUGAGUGCUAGAGAGAUUCGGUCAGAUUAACGUGAAGACAGAAAGAAUGAGUGAACAUGUGAAACAUGUGGAAUGAGAGUUGGAGAGAGAGAGAGAGAAAAGUAGCAUGAUUGAGACAGGAUGUCAGGGACAGAAAAAGGGAUUGGGAGAACCGAUAAGAAAGGCAAUUUUCAAGUUAAUAGUAAAAUAUCAAGCCAAGAAGACGAAGGCGAAAAUGUAGAGUGAGAGUGCGCGCGUGAGGGAGAGAGAAAGAGAUGAUUGAAUGAGAGAGAGAAAGCGAGACGGUAACGGGAGUCGAGGUAUAAUGAUGGCGAUAACGAUGGCGGCGAUAAUGAUGAUGAUAAAAAUGAUGAUAAUGCGGGCGAGCAUGCGGCAGCGGGUGAUACGGCACGGAUUGGCCGCAAUCCUAGCCGCCUCCCCCAUCCCCCCAAGAAUCGAUACGGUCCUUUUAGCUAUUUACUGUCUUUAUUAUUGCUAUGUGUAAGAAGAAUAAAACAAAACCGCGAACGAUGUGUCAUAAACUGCUGAGAUUUUUAUCGACGAGAACAGAGAGAGAGAGAGAGAGAGAAAGGAAGAAAGAGUAAGAGAGAGAAGAAAGACAGAGUCGCAACAAAGGAACACACUGACACCAGUAUAUAUGGACAUACACAAGGCAUACACAUAGAUACACAUACAAGCCGCAUCUACAUGCGCGAAGAUAGAGGAACUUUAGGUUCGCGGCAGAUGCGGUUCGCAGGUACUGUGUGCCCCAUGAGAAAUUUUAAACUUUAAAAAUUAAUUAAAAAAACGAACACUACAGAAUCAAUAUUUGUUGGUUUUUGUAUGAAGUUUAGACGAGUUUUCAUUUCGAUGCGGCAUCGCUUAGAAGAGCCUGUAGAGUAAGGCUUCUCAACCUAGUCGUGGAAAUAUUUAAAAAUAUUUUUUUCAAAAUAUUUUUUUCUAUAAAUAUAGUUAGGUAACUAGUUUUUAUCUCUAUACAAAAAUCUUGUUUCUACAUUUAAUUAUUGUUAGAUUACUAAGAACUAUUUAUGUACAGUGUUAGUAUCGCUUUUAUGGGAUUGAGUGAUGGCUCGAUGAUAAAAAAAAACUAUCUAAUCCAAAGGUGUAAGUGAAAGAAGUUUGAAAAGACACCUGGCUUCGAGAGUCACUACCUUGAUAAUGUAAUUUAAAAAAAAAAUGUGCAUGUCCAAUCUUUAUAUUAAGACCAAUAAAUAAUAUUUCUGCAGUGUGUUUGUUUUUUAAUUAAUUUUUAAAGUUUAAAAUUCCUCAUGGGGCACCCAGUAUAUCGAUAGCGGUGUUUCUCGAGGAGGUCCAGCAAAAAUGGGCCUAAAAUUUGCGGCUCGCGUCGGCGUGAGCGGGAAACAGCGGCACGCUUAAGAAAUGAGAAUAGAGAAGUUUUCUCAAUAAGUUCACAUUUUUGCGUCAAAUAGAGAUAGCGCUCUCUAGUUCCGACGUGCAUCGUACACCAGAAACAUAAACACUUGAUCAAUGUUUCGCGCGAUUACUAAAUACUUCACACUGUUUUAUAUUGAAUAUUCAUGUAAAAUAUAUUAAAUUCUGAUACA